GAAUGGGCUAUUCUCUUCUACAGCCUCCAUUAGCCUCCAUCCUCCAUCUUGUCAUUCCAUUCUCCAUUACAUGAUACUUUCCCGCUAACCACGCUGGCCAUUCGGUCAUUCUAAUUCCGCGUGGUGUAUUCUGCCGCAUGUUGCACGAUUUUUAGGAUUUAACCUUGCAACGAUUUUCUUGACCAUUAUUUUCGGAGGGUUUUACUGAAAAGCAUCUUGAAUCGUUUCUGAACAGAAUAUCUAUUUCCAAAUGAAGACUAAAGUAGUAAAUAAGAAAGGAAAGAAACGAUCUCUUAGCGAGGAAGCUUCCGUUUCUGUAAAGUUGAAUCAGAAUGUCAAUGAACUCAACAAGAGUCCGAAAAGAGCCAAAUUUGCUAAAUUUGGCUCUAAACAAAAUGGAAAUCCUACACUGGUAGAAAAAGCGCCUAUCUUCAAAGAUCAGCAGAAAAAGGAGAGGAACAAGAUAGUAAAACAGCAAAAUAGCAUCGUAGAACCAUCAAAAAUAAAAAGAGAUACUGUAGUAAAGACAAAAAAAUCAACUAUUGCUGAACUUGAGAAAGAGAUUACUAGUAAUAAAGCUAGAGGUCUUGAGUCAAGGAAGAAGCGUUCUAUUAAUGCUAUUAAUCUUACUAAGGAACAGAUAAUAAAAAGGAUUGAAGAAAUUAAGAGCAGAGAAGAAUUGUCAAAGAGAGCAAAACGGAUAUUGGGUAUACUUAACAGAAAAUUAAAGGAAUAUGGAAAUGUAUCAGAGAAAUUGGGCACAAUGGAAAAGAAAAGUAACAAAAAAGUGGAAUAUCAAGCAAAUAUAUUAAUGAAAAAUAAACAGAAAGUUAAUAAUGAUGAUAAAAUAAAACCAGAAAAGAAACAUGUCCAAAGCAAAGAUAAGCUACAAGAGAUUGAUGAUGAUGAUGAUGAUGAUGAUGAUGAUGAUGAUGACGACGACGACGACGACGACGAUGAUGAUGAUGACAAUGUUGACGUUGACGAUGAUAAUGAGGAGGAGGAGGAGGAUGAGGAUGACGUCGACGAUGACGAUGACGAUGACGAUGACGAUGAUGAUGAAGAUGAUAACAUUGAGGAAGAAAGUGGUGAAAUUGAGACUAAAAAUGCACUUGUAAAUAUGAAAAAAGAAGAAAUUGAUGAAAGUGACGAGGAUGACGAGGAUCUGGAAGAUGAAGGAACAGAUGACGAAGAAGAUGAAGAGGACGAAGAAGAUGAGGAAAAUGAGGAGGAUGAAGAGGUCGAGGAAGAUGACAAAAGCAAACAAGAUAUAAUCAAAAAAACAAAAGUUUUAGAAGAGAGGACGAAAGAGCUACAAAACAAGAAUAAACAAGUCCCGCAAUCUUUAGAUAACCAGAAAAAAGAAGAAAUAAAGAAGAAGCAAUAUGUCCUGUUUGUAGGCAAUUUACCAUACAAUAUAACCGAGAACGAGAUCAAACAGCAUUUUUCGACUAAGGUUGAUAAAAUAACGAGUAUCAGAAUUCCAACUAAACCAGAUAAAACACCACGUGGCUUUGCAUAUGUGGAGGUGGCGAAUAAUAAAGAUUUUGAGAAAGGACUCUCGUUAAAUCAUACAUUCUUAAAGAAAAGGAGAAUAAAUGUUGAAAUUUCGGUGCCUAAGGGAGGCAGAAAGACAGAUACUACUAAAGAGGCAGAAGCAUUUGUAACUGCUAAAAAAUUUAAGUCGCAAGCACAGUGGACUGGAAAGAAACCAAUAGAAAAUGAUUUAACGGCGGAGAAUGAAUGUUUGCGACGAGCAUUUGAGCAAACGGAGGAGCAGUUGCGGAAUCUGUCGCAAGAAAAGCAAAAUUCGCAAGAUGUAAUGACGACCAAAUCGGCCACGACAAAGCUAAUUGAACUUGGCAAGAAAUAUAGAGACCGAACCGUCGAAAUGGAAGUGUUGAAGACAAAAUGCAAGAAUUUAGAGACUACUCUGGUCAUCAAAGAUGGCGAGCUGGAGCGCCAAAGUAUGGAAUUGCAACAGAUUCGCAAAUCCGAAAUGCACAAGAAUUCCAACGAUAAUUUAAGAAACAAUUUCUUAGGCAUAGGUGAUGAGGAACGAAUAAAAUGUUUCAAGAAUAAAUUGCAACGAGUCCAAAUUAAGCUUUGUGAAUCCAGAAAUACGUGUGCCGCUCUUAGGCAAGAGAUUAAUAAAGCGCAUAAGUUAUUGUGCAGCGAGGUGGGUGAAAACGUCAACAUCAGCGCACUUUCGAGUGCAGCGUCGUCGUUAGGCGGUUGGCGUGGACGAGCUGAGCAAAUUCGGAAUCUGCAACAAAAGUUGGCGGAACUGCAAACGAAAUUGUCUGAAACGGAGAAAUCCCAGAAAGAAUUUUCCACUUCCCUAGAUCGAGAAAAUUUAGCGUGUCUUCGGCACGCCGAAAAGGAGAGACGGCAACAGAUGGAAAAUAUGGCGAAAGAGCUGAGACGAGCGGAAGUAGCGUUGGAGACCUCGAAGAGGAAACUUGACGCUUCAAAGGCGAGAAUAAAAGUAUUGGAGCAAGAACUGAGUACUGUGAAGGGAAAUAUCGAGAUGCUGAAUAAAAAAAGGUCUCACGACGAUCGUCUGAUUGACGCGCUUAACGAACGGUUAAAGAUUUCCGAAGCGAGAUGUCAAGAUCGCGAGGAACAAGUACAAAAUAGGGAACGAAAGAUCGAACGUGAGAACGCGAACGUUAGGAACGAGCUGCGAGCAGCGCAGUUGCACGUCGAUCGAUUACGCGGGAGAUUGGAAGAACGCGAGAUCGAGAUUGACAAAUUAAGAACUGGCAUCUCGUCGGACGAAUCUUUCAACCGUCGAACCUCGUCGUCGCUUCAUCGCCUAGAUUUUCAUCCAACCGAAGAAGAACGGCGGGGCCAGAUCGAGCUCAGUCUAAUCGCUAGUCCUCGUCGUGGCGUCUUGGACGAACCAAAUGAAUACGUGACUUUGGCUUUAGCUGCUGAAGCCGAACGGAUGAGGCUGUUGGAAUUGGUAGCCGUACUCAAUCAACGACUAGACAAGGAAAGAAACGAAGCUGAUGCAUUCGCAGAAUCGCUGCGUAAGGAAAAGAGUAAGUGUGCAAAAUUAGAAUUGAAAUUACGAGAAGCGGAAAAAGAGAGAGUAGGACUCGUUAAAGUGAAUACGCAGGGAUAUAGAACAAGAUCUUGCGCGAAAUCGCUGUCGAGUCUAAGAACGGACCAAGUGAUUCCAAGUCCCGAAGAAACUCGUUAUAAACGUAGAAUCGAAUUACUGGAAGAGGAGUGCCUAGCAUUGAAGGCCAGAUUAGAUACCGUGCAGCAGGAUAAAGCAUCGGAUCUCACCAUGUACAAGCGAAUGCUCGAUCAAGCAAGAAAGACUUUUACAGACGCGUGCAGGUGAGCUAGAAUCUGGAUCCUGUUCGAAACUUGUAUAAUAUUCCAUUUGUAUAAUACUCUAUAGACAAAAUCUAAAUUUUGUCAUUUCGUACGUUGCUUAUGCAUGUUCGUGUAAAUGCGUAAAAAAAAAAAAAA